AUGUUCGGAAUAGUUCACGAAUGGGAUGAUUUGAAGAAACAGACAAAGAAUCAUAAAAGAAGUGUAAAAGAAUUAGAGGAAAGCUACAACUCAAUCAGCCAAGGUCGAUUGUAUGCAUUUCAAAUGGAUGUGACCGAUGACGAGAGCGUUCGAAAAUCGAGAGAAAUUGUGGACAGGGUUUUAAAGCAAAAAAAUCUCGUUUUUCACGCUCUAGUCAAUAACGCCGGGGUGCGAGGUAAUCUUUUUUACGACGACUUUUUGAUUUUGGAUGAUUACAAAGAGGUAUGGGAUGUGAAUUUGUGUGGCGUGAUACGAGUAACACACGCAUUCCGAGAUCUUAUCAAGAAGUCCAGAGGUCGAAUAGUGAUAUGCAGUAGUGCUAGCACAUUGUUUCCGACAGCAGGCAAUGGUCCUUAUGCUUGCUCAAAGUUUGCCGUCCAAUCCUAUUGUAUCAUUAUUAG